AUGCAAGUCCAUCCCAUCAAAAACACGUUCAUCCCAUAUCGCAAUAGCCUCAACUUCCACAAUCCUAAAUCAUGCCGUCUUACUAACUUCAACACCACAGCACUAAACAGUGCCCUCGAGCAACUCGGCUUCAAAGUCUUCUCCUUCCAAGCCAUGUGGCCAACCUGGCAAGAGUCAAUCCCCCUCUGGACGGAAGCCAUCGAAGCAAAGUACCACAACCGCUGCAAGCCCUACGGCCGCGCGGAGUUCGACAAGCUCCUAGGCGACUACGACGUCGUCAAGUGCCCGCACGCCCUCCUCUUCGCAGAGGACCUCGCCGCCGCCUACCCAGAAGCCCGCAUCAUCGUCUCCAAGCGCGACUAUGAGCCCUGGCGCGCGUCCAUGGAGAAGACGGUCUUCAGACUGCGCCAGUCCCUCGUCUUCCGCCUGCUUCACCCGCUCGACGCCUUCCGCGCCGCGUGGUGGCCUUUCCUACGGCUUAUCAUGGACACGGCGUACGGCGGGUGGGCCGAGGCCGUCCCGGGGCGGAAGCCUUAUGACGAGCAUCAUGCCCGUAUUGAAGCCAUCACGCGUGAGACACCCGAAAGGAUGCUCGUCUUCUCCGGACCCAAGGACGGCUGGGUCCCGUUGUGUGAGUUUCUCGGCUUGCCGGUGCCGGAGACACCCUACCCAUGGACGAACUCGGGAGCAGACUUUUUUGAAAAGCAAGGUCACCGUGCAGGCGAGAGGCUAUUGCUGCGCAAGCUGGCUGAGAGAGUGGCGGUCGCGGCAGGGGUUGGAUUAAGCGUGUAUUGGUUCCUGCGACGCCCAUAGAUACCAAUAUUGGACGUUGACUUAUUCUUCUCUCCAACCUACCGCGGCUACCUACUUCAUGCUCGCACUCGUCUCUUCUCACAUCAUGAUCUAUCCUCAGCACCCGAGCCGGGUUCCCGUCUGGGUAUGUAGUACCCGAGAAGCCGACCCCUAUUAUAGCGGACCUGUGAC